AAGCCGUUUUUUUUCUUCUUUUGUUCUCUGAAAGUUGCUGAGAAGAUUUUGCAGGCGACUCGAAUGUUUUUCCUCGGACGACGAUCUGAAGUUUCAGAAAAACCCUAACCCGAAUGGAAGGGGGUUCACCUGACAGAGAGUCAUUGGCAUCUGGAACAAAAAGAUCCAGUGUAUCAUCAGGAGGCAGGUCUAGGAGUUGCAAAGAUUUUCUCCGGAAAUUUCUUGACAGUGGAAUCCUGACAGAGAAGCUUGAAGAUUGGUUUUUAGAAAUAUCAGAAGAUGCAGCUUGUAAAAAAACUGUUCUGGAUAUUCCUUUUGAGUUGACAGAACUCCAAAAGUUUGAUUAUGCUUUGGAAGGGGUUUCAUUUCAGCAGCUAAUUCGGAUGCCAAAUGCUAUUUAUGCUUCAACAUCUGAUGCUGCUGAAGCUGCUGCAUAUCUUGCCGUUGAAGAUUUCUUACAUGCAAGUGCAAAGGGAUUGUGGGAUGCAUUUUGGAGUCAUGGUGAGCCCAUGCCUUUCUCAGUUGCUUGUCUACAUGGUUCAAAUUUGAAAUUUUAUCCAGCUGAGAAGGCAAUUGCAAGUGGAAAACUUGGAGGUCUUUGUGCGACUGCUCUGAUGAUGAAUGCCCGGCAUUCACAUGGAAAGUGGGACCACAUUCUUGAACUAGCACUUUUGAGGCCCAACAUUGGGGGCCUCUCAGUGGGGAGUAAUCAGCAGCCUUCACUCCCUGUCCUUGGUGAAGCCCUUUUCUUUGCUUUACGUAUACUACUAUCAAGAAGCAUCAGCAGAUAUAGUGUUCUUCAGAAUUAUAAUACAGUCUUUAUUCUUCUUGUUGAUUCUCAGUAUGGUGGUGUGGUAAAAGUUGAAGGUGAUGUGAAUAAAUUGGACCUUGAUGUCAGCAAUGUUUACAAAUGUGCUGCUGAAUGGAUACAGAAACAUUCACAUGUUGCAGUUUCUCCAAUUGAUAGGAUUUGGAAUAAGCUUGGAAAUGCCAACUGGGGAGAUAUUGGUGCUCUUCAGUCACUUCUAGCGACCUUCCAUUGUAUUGCCCAAUUUUCUGGGAUGCCAAAGCAUUCUAUUGAUGAUUUAGCUUCUGAUCAUAGUUCUCGUCUCCAAACCCGAAGAACUGAAAGACAAUUUGGAGAUGCCCGAGUUAAUGGAAAUGGUGUAUUCAGGUUUCAACAGCGCAGUGCCUCCCCAGAAAUUGUUGAAGUCCAGGAUGAAGCUGUGAAAGUAAAAGCUAAAGAGGUGAUGAAGCUAGAAGCAGGAUCUGUUUUAUGGCUAGAGGAUUCAAACUGGCAAAAGGGUUUCCAAAUUAAUGAAGUAUUAGGUGAUGAAGAGUUUUCAUUCUACAGUGCAACCUCUAUGGAAGAACUAGGAAAACCUUUAUUUUUAUAUGUUGGCUCUCAUCCUUCUCAACUAGAACCUGCAUGGGAGGAUAUGAACUUAUGGUAUCAGGUUCAGAGGCAGACUAAAAUAUUGACUGUGAUGAAGCAGAGAGGUCUGUCUAGCAAGUAUCUGCCUCAGCUGGUGGCAUCUGGGAGGAUAAUUCACCCUGGUCAGUGCCUUAGACCAAGUUCUGGGGGAAACUGUGACCAUCCUUGGUGUGGAACUCCAAUCCUUGUAACCAGCCCAGUUGGAAAAUCAGUUGCUAACAUGAUAAGAGAUGGGCAAUUUGGUCCAGAUGAGGCUCUCAGGUGCUGCCAUGACUGUUUAUCAGCACUAUCUGCUGCUGCUGCUGCUGGAAUUCGGCAUGGAGAUAUCUGUCCAGAGAAUGUUAUCCGUGUAAGCUCUGGUGUUAGGCACCCUUAUGUUCUUAUUGGAUGGGGUCAUGCUGUAUUAGAAGAGAGGGAUCGUCCAGCCAUGAAUCUUCUUUUCUCUUCUACUUAUGCUCUUCAAGAAGGUAAGUUAUGCUCAGCUUCAGAUGCAGAGAGUCUGGUCUAUUUGCUUUAUUUUUCAUUGGGUGGUGUUAUGCCAGAGUUGGAUUCAGUUGAGGGGGCACUGCAGUGGAGGGAAAACUCAUGGUCAAGAAGGUUGAUUCAGCAAAAGCUUGGGGACAUUUCGGCUGUGUUGAAAGCAUUUGCUGACUAUGUUGACAGUCUCUGUGGGACACCAUAUCCCAUGGACUUUGAGAUAUGGUUGAGAAGGUUGAAGAGAAAUAUUAAUGAAGAUCACGGGAAGGAAAUAGACACAAUGGGUUAGGACAUCUUCAUUCUAAUUUAGCCACACAAUGGCUGCUUGAGCCCUCUGGAGCAUCUGGAACAUUGUUGAGACAUGUUUGGAUUUUCGAGAGGUCUCUGAGACUUGAACCAGAUAUGAGCAUUAUUAUAGUCCAGAAUAUGUUUUCCUCAGGUUAAGUUUUUCUGUCUCUGUCAAGAUUUUAAUUGAACUUUUUGAAUCACCAAGGACUAAGACAAACUACUGGAGCAAUUGACCAUCUUUGUUCUUUCAUUUAUUGGUUGGGUUCUUUUUCCCCCAAGGGAAUUUCUGGACCUUCUGUUGGAAUUGCUUGGAUAUUCUCUACCACAUUGUUUCAGGGUUCUCCACAAUUGGGUUUCUACAAACCACCUUUGAUGUUCACAUACAGUUCCUCCCUGUUCUUGAAGGGGAUCUUCAAAUGAACCUCCCGAGCUUGUCACGUACCAUCAUCCAGGUUAUACUAUAUUGAUGCCUAUUUUUACUUUGUAAAGAUCUGAAAUGUUCAGAAUUUCUUGAACUUGUUGGUCUAAUUGUUUGGUUUGAGGUACAAGGACCAGCAUGAGUGUCUAUAGCAUUCAGAGUUGUCCUCUGUAAGUGGGUGGUUGAUUUUUGUGUUUUUCUGGUGUUUCUAUAGAGUUAUCUUGAUCAAUGCUUUCUGAGGCAAAUUAUGUCUCGUGUCUUUCUUGUGGCCGUGCAAUUUAAUGUUUUUGUAGGCUUUGCAACUCUUUGUACAAGCGCUUGUUGCAGCUUUGUCUGUUCAAAUGCUGUUUUAUAAUAUAUCAACACUUCAACAGUAA